UAAUUGUUAUUUCUUGUCAACUCUGAUACAUUUAAUUUCAAUAUUUCAAUAAACCAUUAAAAAACUAUAAAAUGGCCACUUAUUUCGGGACCUGGGGAGUAAAAUUUGACACAUCCACUGUCAUUAGUGUCAAAUCUUGGCCGGACAUGCGAUAAAAUUCGACAAACCUCUCAUUUCCCCUCACAAAUUAUGAUAAGAUAAACCAAACAACAAAAGAACAGCCACCGCCAAAUCGCCCAAAACCCCCCAAUUAAAUAAUUAUCUAAAUCCUCAAAAAACAUAAAUAAUUCAAACCGUGCCCCCGAUGCAUUUCCUAUAUAUAUAAUCACUCGGAAAAUGGAAUUUCCAACGCAAAAAAAUGUGUCCGCUGGUGUUAUUAAGCUCAUGUUUCGUGCUCGGCUUUGCCUCGCCUCUUGACAACGAACUCGCCCCAAAUCCCGUCGAUUUAUCCUAUCUUGGGCCGUCAAUUUUCGGGGAACCCCGCGAAAGUAAAAAUCUAGAAGGUUGGGAUGAAAAUCGGCCGGAAAAUCCCGAAGAAUUGGGCGAAUACGCCGAAGGCGAUAUUUUGUUCCCCGAAAAUGCCCGAAAUGGGCUGGUUUCCAAGACGACGAGGUGGAAAGAUGGGGUCGUCCCGUACGAGAUUUCCCCGUUUUAUCCGCCAAAGGACGUGCAAAUGAUCAAGCGCGCCAUGGAAAUUUACCACAAGUAUACGUGCAUCAAAUUUCGGCCCAAAACGGCAUCCGAUAAAGAUUACUUAUCAAUAGUCAAUGGAAAUACAGGGUGUUGGUCAAGCGUGGGGCGCAUCACAGGCCGACAAGAGGUCAACCUGCAGAGCCCUUACUGCACCAGCAAAGUGGGCACGCCCAUGCACGAAUUAAUGCACGCUUUGGGCUUCGUCCACGAACAAAACCGCUGGGAACGCGACGAUUUUGUCACAAUAGCGUGGCAAAACAUAAAAAAUGGCCACGAAGGCAACUUCAAAAAAGCCGACAAAGGCAGCACUGACGGUUUCGGCGUUGUUUAUGACUACAGAUCGGUCAUGCACUACUCCCCGACUGCCUUUUCGACCAAUGGCAAGCCCACAAUCGUGCCUAAGGAUUCGAGCAAAAACGUAAAGAUGGGGCAGCGGGAUGGGUUCAGUCGGGGCGACAUCAUCAAGAUUAAUACAAUGUACGGAUGCCCCAACAAGCCCCCGGGGGGUGACGUGGUCGGCGGCGAGGUCAGUGGCGGCGGCGGCGGGGGCGGUUUAUUGUCGUUCUUGUUCCAGAUUGUUAAUUAAAUAAAGACUUCACGCACGAAUUGUUGUUUUAUUUAUUAAUUAAUUAGUGUUGCCAACUUGAUUUUGAUCACGCGGAGUGGUCCAUUA